CCGAUUUCCUCACCUGAGUUUACGACUUCAGGCAUCCAAUGCAUUUUGUUCCCUGUUAGUGGGUCGGCGAACCAAAUUUCCCAGUAACACGGAACGCCGCACUAGUCGGGCACGCCAAACGUCAAGAUUUUUGCUAGCAACGGAGCUUGGAAUGCCGAGCGAAUGACAAUAUACAUGUGACAAGAACGCCAGCACCACGGAUUUCUUGUGGGACAAGCGUACAGGGCUCGCUGCUAAAACGAUGCCUCACACCAGACGGUACUCAUCCUCUGAGAGAGACAGUCGCAGCAGCUAUCAUGAUCGUUACAGAGAGAAAGAAAGGGAUAGAUGGCGCAGACAUCGACACAGAAGAUCGCCCACAUACUCUUCGAGCAGUGACAGGGAUCGGGACCGAAGGGGACGAGCUCAGAGACAGGAUGCAAGUUAUGUACGCUCAAGGAGUCGAAGCUAUGACAAUCGCUCAACAGAGCACAGGCCGUUUGACCGAAGAUACUGCGAGGGAUACAGAAGAUUGGAUCAGAGCCGCGAUGAAGAACGCGACCAUGACCGAGAAAAGGAGCCACAUGGAGCCGCCGAAAGUUACUAUCCACGCGACUUCUCGCCAAGCAUGUACGACUACCGGCGGGGCCGAGAAAGGGAAAGGGAGCGCGAUGAAUCAUACCGACGAAAGGGCAGCAGGCGUAAGCACAAACGAAGGCGGCGUAGAACCAGGUCCUAUAGCCCAUCAUCCUCGCGGAGCAACAGCCGGACGCGGGCACUGAGUGUGAGGGACGACGAGGAAGGGCACCUGAUCUGUCGGAGUGGGGACGUCCUGCAAGAGAGAUACGAGAUUGUCAGCACUUUGGGCGAAGGCACCUUUGGCAGGGUGAUGCAGUGUAUUGACCAUCGCAGGGGCGCGUCCAGUGUUGCUUUGAAAAUUAUCAAGAAUGUGGAGAAGUACAAAGAAGCAGCUCGCCUUGAGAUCAACGUACUUGAGAAGAUCAACGAGAAAGAUCCUGACAACAGAUUCCUGUGCGUGCAGAUGUAUGACUGGUUUGACUACCAUGGUCACAUGUGUAUCUCCUUUGAGCUGCUUGCGCUCAGCACGUUCGAUUUCCUCAAAGAAAACAACUACCUGCCCUACUCCAUUGGUCAAGUCAGACACAUGGCCUACCAAGUCUGUCUCGCUGUGAAGUUUCUCCAUGACAAUAAGUUGACGCACACAGACCUAAAGCCUGAAAACAUCCUAUUUGUCAACUCAGAUUUCACAAUGUCCUACAAUGUGGAGAAGAAACGAGAAGAGAGGACAGUUAAGAGCACAGCCGUACGCGUGGUGGACUUCGGCAGCGCCACUUUCGACCAUGAGCAUCACAGCACUAUUGUGUCCACCAGGCAUUACCGUGCCCCUGAGGUCAUCUUAGAAAUGGGCUGGAGCCAUCCUUGUGACGUGUGGAGCAUUGGCUGUAUCCUGUUUGAGUAUUAUCUGGGCUUCACCUUGUUUCAGACUCAUGACAACAGGGAGCAUUUGGCUAUGAUGGAGCGAAUCCUUGGACCUGUGCCAUCCAGAAUGAUCCGCAAGACGAGGAAGCAGAAGUAUUUCUAUCGAGGCCGUCUCGACUGGGACGAGAGCUCCUCGGCGGGGAAAUACGUCCGGGAAAACUGCAAACCUCUGAGGCGAUACUUGCUGUCAGAGGCGGAGGAUCACCAUCAGUUGUUUGACCUCAUCGAAAGCAUGCUCGAGUAUGAGCCGUCCAAGAGGCUGCUUCUUGCAGACUCUCUCAAGCACCCUUUCUUUGACUUUGGGGGGAGCGGCGAGGCAGUGGGCAGUAGGAGCUGGGAAGCAAACCGGGACAUCAGCCGGUGAUCCGAAGCGCCUCCUCCAAAGUCUGGUACAGCAGCAUUUGAAACACGGGGCAGGGGAACUCUUACGGUUUCUGUUGGUCAUCAUGAAAGCAGGGACACCUUCCUGCUUCUUCAGUUUCCACCUGUGCUGCCAAGCAAAGUGUGCCGAGAUUGCCAUAAGACUUGGGUUGGUUUCUCAAUUAGGAAUCUUCAAUGGUCAAGGCUUCAAGAGGACAACUAUGACGAACAGACUUGCGCACCCAAAGGAGCCCUCUAUGCAGCUCUCAUCUUCCUCCUGAAGUCAUCCUCCUCCCGUCCAACCAUUGUUAUUUUUUGGAAUAGCCAAGACUUUCUCAAGGAAACCGGUGCCAUGCAAAGUCACUUAUGGCGAACAAACGUCUUCCUCUCGGGGAGGGUUGAUGAAGAAAGAGGAAAAAACAAGCAUGCAGUCCCAAGUCGUCAUCCCUUUGGUGCACACGUCACCCACAAGAAGCAUCCAUCACUGCAGAAAACAUCUUAAAUCCAUAGUUACCAUGCUCAAAGGUGGCAAACUAAAUACUAAUACGUCUUCUCAUGGAAUUUCCAAAAUAAUGCAAGCGGCAAGUGUUUGUAGAAUGUUUAGUUUUUGAUAAUGAGCACUUGCGCCAAAUUGAGAUUUUAAGCAUAAAUGGAUCAUCUUGGCCAUGAAAAGGCCUUUAUUGUUCACCAGUAAGACGCACUCCGCACCCGCUAUGGUCUUAUUGAUUGUGAACUCCACCACGCGAGACAAGAAGGUAACGUUUCCAUGACCAUGGCUUUGUUUAUCUAUUUGUUUGUGUGCGUGAUUUGCUGUUUUGUUUGUACAUUCUGGGUUGCUUUCGACAUGUGGGGAUGUGUGCGCCGGGUACGACACAUUUAUAUUCAUGCCCUGCGCUGUGACUUGUCGCUUGCCCAGGAUGAGGUAAUCGUCUCAAACUUAAAAACUAAACGUGUAAAUUGCCUUUCCCCAGGUGUGAUGAUAUAUCACACCUGGGGUUGCCCCCACUGAAGCUAAGCACAUGUCUGGUGGGCUGUCCAGAUGCGAUGCACACAACUGUUUUGAUAUUUAUUUGUGUGUGUUUUUGGGAUUCAAAUCCAUUCAAAUAGGUCACAGUCCUCGCCUCCCAUAUAUACAGGGAUUGUUUUUUUUGUAUGAAAUUAAAAGCCUAUAAAAGUGUAUAUAUGUAUGUAUGAUGUUGUAGAAUUAAAGUCAAAGUCCUCCUUUCCCAAGGUAAACUGCUGUUGGAAUUUUGUUUGAGGACUUGUCUUAAAUCUUAAUGUACGCUGUGGAUGUAAGUCACUCACAAAAUGUCCGGCAUAUUUGGCUUUUGGGUGAAAUUUCCGGAUGGGCCUCAAAUGCAUUUCAAACUUUACAGCUGAACUUAAUUUGACCUUUUCGACAUGUAAUUCCAAGUAUGCAGCGUUUCACAGAGGUGGGUCGAGUAGCCAAAUAUCGUACUCAAGUAGGAGUACCCUAUGCGGAAGUCGAAGAUGGAGUCGGAAAAUAGACGCGCACAUGCAGGAAUGGAUAAAUAAAAGUAGCGAAUGGGAUGUCGGUCAUUGUAACGGAGUCAAGGUAUCGAUCCUGCUUCACAGAAAUACUGAAGUGAAAGUGAAAAGUAAGGUACAUUUAAAGUACUCUGACGAGUACAGUUUAUGGAAAAUGUUACUUGAGUGAAUGUAACGGAGUAAAUGUCGCGCGUUACUACCCACCUCUGGUGUUUCAGUACUUUUUGAACAACUUGCGUUUCUCUAACAAGCAGCCGAACGGUAAAAUUCACAACUGGUGUUAAAGCCAUGAAGAUUUCCACGGAUGUGCGCUUGUAUGCCCUUCUGUAAUUCUUCCUGUCUCUCUGUAUUUCUGUUGCAACUUGAAACGGACAUUCUGUGACACUCCAAGCUCGAUUUAGCCAUUUACCAAAAAAAACUAACGAAAAAAAAACAAAAAAACGGAUUUUCUGGAUCUUUGACGCUGUCCUCAUCGUACGACUACAACUCGACAACGCAUAGCUGACGUUAGCUCUAGGUUUUAAAAUUGUAAUUUAUUUUUCUGCUUUUGUGAUGCUGGUUUCUCCCUAGAGAAGAAGGCCUGCCUCACUUCAAAACCAGAGCCAUGUAGAGGAAGAGAAAAAAGUACUGCUGUCACCUCGUCAGCGCCGGAAGCUCCAAUUUAAAACCUAAGGGCGAUCUGCAUGGACAGG